GCGCGUCAGGUGAGGGAGGAGAGAAGGUUGAGACAAAGUUGUGAGUCCGUAGUGCACGAGCGCGUGCGGGCCUGGGGAGCAGGUGUGCGGCUCCUUGCUGGAGUCUCAGUGUCCCCGCUGUUCCCUGUGCAGCCUGCGAUCGCCACUUUAGAGGAAAAGUACCCGCUUAUCCCCGCGGCAAGGCUGGGAAGCCGGGCUUACUCAGCGCUAACGGGAACGAAGGCACAGAUUUGAGUCCUUUCGUAGCAGUAUUUAUUAUGCCCUUACUGUUUGUAGAGACAGUUUUAGGGGUUUAGAAUAACAGAACAAAUUAGAAAAAUUGUCUGGAGAACUUAUUUUGUCAAGCAAUUUUAGCAGACAAUGGAUUGGAAGUGAGAACAGGUUUUUUUCCCCUCUUCUGCUGGUUAUUGAACAAAGCAGUUGGUUGAGACAACAGAGUUUCUUUUGUCUCGUUCUGUUUUUGUUUUUAAAAGAAAAGAGGAAAUCCCCACAUGUGCAAAGAUGUGGUUGCAAAUUGGGUGCACAUGAAGUUGGGUGCACUUAGGAUUUAGGAUUAGUGAACACGUGUGUUCUUGAUGUAUACUGUAGUUUUUGAUUUAUCACUUUUUCCUUUCUUUCCUUUAGGAAAAGCCUAAAGAUUAGGUUAUAAGAAAAACCGAAGCCAUGUUUCGAAGACCUGUGUUACAGGUAUUUCGUCAGUUUGUAAGACAGGAGUCUGAAGUAGCCAGCAGUUUGGUUCUUGAACGAUCUUUGAAUCGUGUUCAGUUACUUGGGCGAGUAGGUCAGGACCCUGUCAUGAGACAGGUGGAGGGAAAAAACCCAGUCACGAUAUUUUCUCUAGCAACAAAUGAGAUGUGGCGAUCAGGGGACAAUGAAGCAUACCAAAUGGGUGACGUCAGUCAAAAGACAACAUGGCACAGAAUAUCAGUGUUUCGGCCAGGCCUCAGAGAUGUGGCUUAUCAGUAUGUGAAAAAGGGGGCUCGUAUAUUUGUGGAAGGCAAAGUGGACUAUGGUGAAUACAUGGAUAAAAACAAUGUGAGGCGGCAAGCAACAACAAUCAUAGCUGGUAAGAAGCCCGUGGUACGCAGCGUUUCUUGUUCAUUAAAAGGCUUGGCAUAAUAUAGGCCACUUUCCCGGGGGCUCUAAGUACCCCUGAUGGCAACGCUACAGGAAACUCCCCAGAGGACUUUGAUACUUUUCAUUUUACUGUUUGCUAACACUGUCCACAUUUAUUUAUUCCUCUAAAAUUGUACUCACAUGUUUAGUUCAGGAGGAACUCUGCAUAGAGUAUAAUAGCAACUUGCUCCUGCAGUACAGAUGUAACUGGAAGCAUUUACUCUCAGUGUCUUUAAACACUGUACAAGCACAUAUUCCAAGGCAGCUGCAGAAGGGUGAUGUUAGGAGUUUGAAACUGAACGUGCAACGACCUUCAUUUGAAAUUUAAAAACUUAGGUCUUUAAACAAAACAACAUGGACUGCAUAGACGUAAAACAAUAUGAUAGAGUUCAAACCUCUAAAGUUUUAGAAGAAUUUUGGAAACAAUACAGCUGUUUAUAUAUCUGUAACUUAACCUGAAGAAAUGCUUUUUUGUAUGAAAUUAUAUAUAGAUUAAUGAAAUAUAGAUAGCUUACCAAUUUGAUACCAUUUUUUUAAAAGUACUGCUUAACAGAUUUUAAUAGUAUCAUGAAAAUUAAAAUGUUACUAAAUACAUCUUUUAAUGAGAUAGACAUAUUUUAUUACUUCUUGAAGAAGUUGCUAAAAUUUAUAAGCCUUAAUUUGCUUAUUUUGUUUUUGUUAUUAAACACCUAGAAACAUGUUUUGUAGAUAGGAGUGAAAAAUCUUAGUGAGAUGUGCUAUAACAGUGCUCUGUUGUCUGAAGCGUCUGAGUAGAGAGAAUGGCGGCUUGGCCACUCGUGUGCUCACCACUUAGCACUAAUCGGCUGCUUUUUUCUCUUCCAGGAUCAGUUGGAAGUGACAUUUUCUAUUUUAUCCAUAAAUGUUAGCUUGUAUCACUGAAAGAAAAAGUUGUGUUGUAACACGGUUAUUUUACCCAAUGUUGAGAUUAUUAUGGCAUUUCUGUAUAAAAAGGAUGUCAUUGUGCUCACUCUUCCUUGGAUUCCCAGUUUUCUUAUCUGUAUGCUUUUAAAAAAUCCUUUUCUUUCCCCUUGUUCCAAUGGUUAUGUCUUUUUUUUUUUUUUUUUUUUUUAACCUUGAGUAUUUCUUAUUUACAUUUCGAGUGUUAUUCCCUUUCCCGGUUUACGGGCCAACAUCCCUCUAACCCCUCCCCCUCCCCUUUCUUACCGGUGUUCCCCUCCCCAUCCUCCCCCAUUGCCGCCCUCCCCCCACAGUCUAGUUCACUGGGGGUUCAGUCUUAGCAGGACCAAGGGCUUCCCCUUCCACUGGUGCUCUUACUAGGAUAUUCAUUGCUACCUAUGAGGUCAGAGUCCAGGGUCAGUCCAUGUAUAGUCUUUAGGUAGUGGCUUAGUCCCUGGAAGCCCUGGUUGCUUGGCAUUGUUGUACAUAUGGGGUCUCGAGCCCCUUCAAGCUCUUCCAGUCCUUUCUCUGAUUUCUUCUAUGUCUUAAUCACUGUUCAUAUUGGUAAAUUAUGUUUUUAAAGCAAUAAUCACUUAUUUUCCUAAUAGUUUUUUUAGAAAAUAUAUUGACUUUGAAAACCAAUGUAGACAUUUUUAAUCUCCAUUGUGUUCCACUGUAAGGCAGGUAUGUAGACCGCUGUGUUACUUGAACUGUUGAGUUGUUAACAAACUGAGGUAGAUAGAGAAACAUUUCACAUUGUUUGCAGUUUUCCUUUUUCUUAUCGUAGUUGUUAUCGGUCUGGUCAGUUGACUAUAUAGUUAUAGUUCACAGAAAACAUGAAUAGCAUUCAGUGAUGUUUGAAGAAACUAUUUGAUUUUUUUUGAUUACAUAUAACUGCUUUUGCUUAUUGUAUAUCAGCAUAAGUUAAAAAGCAAGAUCUCUUUCUCAUGUUGCAAACACUAGCAAAUAUAGUGAUUUAAAAAUAUAUUUAGCAUCCUAAAUUAUUUUGUGUGGUUCUUAUUGUUUAUUUGUUUUAAUUCAUUAUUAUUUAUUAUUAUUAUUAUUAUUAUUAUUAUUAUUAUUAUUAUUAUUAUUGACUCCUUCCAUUUAUCUCUUAUCUCUAUAUUAAUUUUUCACUUAAGGGUCAAAUCUGACCUUUAAAGCAAAAACAAACCAGUAGAUGGCGCUCUUGGCUUUUUACAGUGACUCCAUUCUAAUCCUGUUACUGUUAACUGUCUUUUAGAUCCUUUUAUAGUAGAUAACUUUAGUUGUGUGUGUAAGACGUACACAAACAGAGGCAAUAAAUAAGGACAUACAUAUAUAAACACAUCAGGCUGCAGCUGUUUGCCCAACAAUUCGGACUUCAUUACAGGACCAUUACUCCUGAACAAUAUACAGUUUUUGGAGUUAUCCAAGAAAUGCUACUUAACCUCUUUAUCUUUGGUUAUUUUUAGCUAAUUUUCUUUGAAAUAAUCAGAGCAAUGUCCACUUCAUUUUUGGAUUAAAAAUGCUUGCUUUGUAAUACUUACAACUUUUUCCAAAAAUCAGUAUAUGAAAUUCAAUUUUUUCUUUUUCUCCUUCCUUCCCUCCCUCCCUCCGUCCCUCCCUCCCUCCAUCCCUCCCUCCCUCCGCUCUCUAUUCCUUUCCUUUUUUUUUUUUUUUUGGCAGGGUUUCUCUGCAUAGCCCUGCUUAUCUUAGAAUUCGCUCUGUAGAUCAGGCUGACCUUGAACUUAGAGUCCAGCUGCCCCUGCCUGCUGAGUGCUGGGGUUAAAGGUGUGCACCACCACCACCCAGCCAGUGUAUGAGGUUCAGUCUUGGACUCUAAAACGAAUCUGUUUCCUGCAUUUGCUCAGUUGUAAGCUGGCUCUUGCACUUUGCCGUAUGUAACAAAGUUGUUGCUGGGGAGAACUUAAGGGUCUCAUCCUGUAGUGAAGUCUGAAUUGUUGAACAAGCGUUUGCAGCCUCUUCUGUUGGAUUGAUUGAUUGAUUGAUUGAUUACCUCUUGUGUACCUCGCAUGAACACAACAAAAGUUACUUAUUUUGAAUCUUUACUAUCACUAAAGGGUGUCUAUGUUGGAGGGAAGUUUUCAGUGAAAUGAAGACAGCAUUCUGACACUGACACUUUGGUCUCUUUCUAGAUAACAUUAUAUUUCUGAGUGACCAGGCAAGAGAAAAGCCAUAGAACGGAUGAUUCUUCGUUGAUCAUUGUUUGGUACAGUCUCCUUUGCAAAUCAUGUACAGUCUAUAGUUUAAAGACAAAAAUUAAAAUUUUUAUAUAAAA